CUUUCCUCCACUUUUCAAUAUUAUUCUAGUUUAUAUUUCAACAGAACUGAAUCUGUAAUCAAGAAACUGAAUCCGGACGACGAACGCGAGGAACAAUCAUCUGUUGUUCUGGUUUAUAUUCCUGAAAUUCGUUAUGUUGCAGGGAUGAUAGGAAAAUUUCCUAGUUCUUUUGCUUCUCUUACUCUCGUACAUAUGGAUGGAAAAAGCAAGGACAAUAGGAAACUAAAUCAUGUAACAAAUGAGAGCAGUGAAUUCUUGUUCACCAAAGUCAAGCCUGGAAAAUAUAGAUGUAAAGUCAGGAAUUCUUUAGGAGUACUUUUUGAGGAAGACAGAUGGUACGGGGAUGAAAAUUUGGCCUACGUUGGACAUUCAGUUCGAAAGAACACAAGGGAUGCUAAUGAACACAAGAUUGUCAUGCUUCUAUCCCUGGACUCCUCAGAUAUGGGACUGAAAGGGGAUGAUAAUUUUGCUCUUGGUAGCAGUGUUGAAGAAAAGGUUGAUGAAAUAAAACAGAUUGGUGUUGUUGACAAUUUUAAGAAUCGUGCAGAAUCUGAAAGAAUCAAGUUCCUGGAAAAGAUAUUGGAAGAAAAGCUAAGGUUACAAGGAAAGAUGCUGAUGUUUGGAUGUUAUAACAUUUACAACAAUAAGAAGCAUUAUGCCACUAUGUCCUUAUUUCUGUUUCUUCCUGCUGUGAAGUACAUAUGGAAGAAGGUUCAAGUACCGAAGCUAAAAGUCCAGAAACCAGUCAAGUAUUGGGAGGGGAGAGGUGCAAGAAUGAAGUUGAAGUGGAAGAUCAUGGUUGUUCCCUAUCACCCACCUUGAGGACAAGGUGGUCUUUUAGGGGGGGAGUAUCGAUACGAACAUAGACAAUAAUACUAAUAAGAAUAUUAGAAUAGUAUUAAAGAGUGUAAUAGUGUAUAAGUGAAGAUUCUGGACCAUUUAGUAAAACAGGAAUAAUGGGCCAGCCCUUAAAGAAAUAGAAGUACUAUAAAUAGAAAGGAAGGGGAAAAGGAGAAUGUAGGCAAGUAUUCAGUUGGAUUUGGCUAGGCUAGGAGAUUGGGCAUCUCGAAUGGUCCAUUGUAUUCCUUUUGUAAACACAUCCUUCAUCAAUAAACACUUUCUUGAUCUC